AUGCAACCACAUAGAGCCAGUGGUGGACGUCGUGAUGACCCUAAACGAAGAUUUGAGGCCGAUAAAAUCAAUAACGAAUGUUAUAGUAAACUAAUCAAGGUAAAAGGCAAACAAGUGAAGGAUGUGACUUAUCAGACACAUAUUGAUGUAUUGGAAUAUGCGUCAUUUCCAUCAAACCCACCGCCAGCAAAUGCGUCCACUGUUGGUAUGGUAAAACCAAGAAUCUUGGUUUUAGCCAGUAAGCAUGAUGGAACUGCUCUUCUUCAAAAGGGGAAGCUUCAUGAAGAAAAGAAAGUAUAUCAAAUCGGUAGAACUUGGGAUUUGAAUGAAUUAAAAGCGAUAAAACGUCACGGCCGGGAAGGAAUGAUUCUUCAAUUGAAUAAAACUUACUAUUGGAAAUCUGAUGAAGGUGAAGAAAGGGUAACUAAGUUUUGCCGUUACCUUACUCAAGCUUAUGGGAAUUAUAUGCAUAGAUAUCCUAUCCUUGAAGGGUUGACUUUACAAGAAUUGAGACUUCCUCUACAACCCCCUGGUACUAGCACGCCAACUUCAGUACAUUCUCAACCACAGCAGCAACCUAGACAAGUGCAGCAAACUCCUCCACCCCAACAACAGCAGCAACAGCAACAGCAACAACAGCAAUUACCACCACCACCACCACAACAACAACAACAAAAACCGGCUGGGUUGUAUAAUGAUAUUGAUUUCACUUCAAAUGGCCAAUUACCGAUCAAACCGAUGAGAGUAUUGCAACUGGAUCGGCCAGGAAGUCAACCGCGCUCUACAUUAGACUCGACCGAGCUUAAAAAACAUGAAAGUAGGGAAUCCCAUGAUUCUUUCAAACAUGCCAAUUAUUCGCUUCAUCAAAAGACCUCGAUAUAUGGACUCAACGAUACUACUGAUGACCAGAGUUUUGUUUUUGGGCCUAAAGAUACACAAACUCCUGGAGGUUCAAGAACUCCUGGUGGAUCAAGAACUUCUGGAUCUCCAUAUAAGCAAUAUACUGGAUCAAGUAAAUCUUUAGAUCCAAAAAGAGGUUCGGUACCACUAGUGGAAGUGGAAGGAAUAGCUGAAGCAGGAAUGAGAUUGCAAGAACAAAUGGGUGAACGUCAAUCAAUUGUUUCGGAACAAUCUAUUGCCCAGGAACAGUUGAAGGAGUUUACCGAUAAUAUUCCCCAACCACCUAAAUCUCCUGAUUUUGGUAUUGAAGAAAUUACUGACGAAAGUGAUAGUGAUCAUAAAGAAGAACCAAUAUCAGUUAGAAAACGAUCUUUGAAAGGAUCACUGAAUCGGGAUAUUCCCUCUGCUCGUGCUUCUUCUAUUAUUGAGGAGUCGACUAAAUUAGAAGGUAGUAGAAUGGAUUCCUCAAUACAAGAGCUUAAUGACAUGUUGAAUUCACAUAUUUCAUUAAGUAAAGAAGAAGCUCGUGAUACCUUCACAGAGCCUCCUUCAUUUAGCAUUGAAACUCCUGCAGAUGAUUCCGAUCUUAAUUCAGAUGUAGCUCCAAUAACUUCUGGAUUAAAUAUAGUCAAGAAAUCUAAUGAAAAACUUGACGUAUCUAGAAUUGAUAAUGAUCCUGAAGUGGAUGAAACUUAUGAUGAUAUUGGUUGGUCUUUUAAAAACCCAGCUAGUUCAUUAAUCAAACAAAUAUCCGUAGAAUUAACUAAUGUUAAACAAGCAACAGUGAAGGAAUUGACCAAGAUUGAUUUAGGAGAUAAUAGUCUGACCAAUGAUGUUACUAGAUCAUUAGAAGAAGUUGAACAUUUGAAUGAAAUUUUACAAAAAAUGGAAGUUGACUUCAAAAUAUUGGCUCCUGAAGUUGAUUUAAUUGACCAGAAAUCACAUGGUUUACAAGUAAAGUUUAUUAAUAAGAAGUUAUUGUUUAAUGAUUUGAAAACAAUCUUGGAUAAAGUUAGUGUUGAUCCUAGUGAUUUGGAUGAUAUUUCGCAAUUUAGACAUUUCGAUAGAUUGAAUAUGCUUGAACCUUUAGAAGCUAAGUUAUUAGCUUUCUAUAAUGCUAUUGCUACUAUUCGUUCCGAUACCACUGAAGGUAAUUUAAGUGCUAUGACUUCAUUGAAACAAUACCAAUCAAGGUACAAUACAGUUAAUACCACAUUUAUUGAGAAUUUCUCCAGUUUUAUCAAGAAUGAGUUCAAACGUAUAAUUGAUGGAUGUACUAACUUGGAAAGAUUCAAUGGUAAUACAAUGUUCCCUGCAUUAAACAAGUUAUUAAUCUAUAGUGGAAUCACCUAUUUUAUCAAAGAAGUUGACAUGUUUAAAUUUCAAGAAUUGAUUCGUUAUUUCAAUUCUUCAUUUAGUGGAUUUUUCGAUAAUUUAAUCCGAGCAAAAUUGGCACACAUGAUUUCAAUCCAACUGAGACAACAUGAUACUACUCUGUCAGUCCGUGAAUCUCUAAAUUCCAGUGCUUUUGAUUUAUCUGGAGGAUCAUUUUCAAAUUCAAGUGAGGAUAUCCCAUUAAAGAAAUCAAGAACUUUAAGACUUUCAAGAAAAGUGGGGAAAUUUGGAAGUUUACACUUAUCUGCAUCGAAUGAUGCCAAGAUUGAAUCUAUGAAGAAGAUGGCAUCCCCAACGCCUAACCAACAUAACUCUAUUGAUGAUCCUAAAUUGGUUAACAAUUUAAUUGAAGAAUCACAAUCAUUGAUUACAUUUGUUCAAUAUUUUAUUGGGACUUUUUUCCAUUAUGAAGUUCAACAAAGUUUAGAGUUUGGUGAUUAUAUUGAAAGCAACCUGUUUAAACAAAGAACCAAGCUAUUACAAGAAAUGCCAAAUAUUGAGGAAGCCAAUGCUACCAAGAAUUAUACCUCAAAUGAUUUGAUUAGUAACAUGUCUUUUAUCUUUGGUAAUUAUAUUAAUAUCUUCAUGAAGAAGGUGAAUCCUUCAGGGUUAAACAUCCCAGUUAUAUUGCUUUAUUUGGACCAUUUGAUGUCUAGUAUACCACCCAAGAAUCAAGAUUUCCUCUUGGUUAAUUUCCUUAAGAAGGCAUAUGAUAAAUAUUCCAAUAAUUGGACCAAGUUUGUUAAGUCACAAAUUGAACUAUUAAACAAUUCUAUCAUUGUUGCAAAAUGUGGUAUUUUGCAAUCAAUUCGAAAUGUCAAUUAUUUCUUAUUGAUUACCGAAAGUUCUAUUGACAAUCAAGAUAUUAGAGGUUCAAAGGUUAAAGAUAUGAUUGAUAGUGCCUAUAUUGAAAUUUCUGAUGCAUUGAUGAAUUUGUUUAUGAGAGAAGAUCCAUUAUUGAAAAAUCAUGAUCUUGAUGAUAAAGAACGAGAAUAUAGGAACGUUAGUAUUCUCCAAAAUAUUUACUUUAUCUUGGAGCAGUUCAGAGAUUUUAAGUUGACAAAUUCUGCUAAUAAAAAAUUAUAUGACAACUUGACCGCAGAAUUCAACAAGGUUGAAGAUGUUUAUUUCCAAAAACAAUUAAAGAAGAAUAUUGGUAAAUUGGUUGAAUUUAUUAAUAAUUAUGAAGCUUUGGAGAAGUUGCAUACUAGCAAAUAUAACAAGAAGUAUGUCAAAUCAAUGUUGGCAAGCUAUACGAUUAAAGAUAUUAAUAUUAAAGCUCUGGAGAUAAACAAGAAAUUUGAAAAACAUUUCAUCACUGGUACUAAUAUGUUUGAAAAGGAUUUAGUUGAUAAAUUAUGGCAAGAUAUGGAGAAGGUUUUCAACGAUUAUUUUACAAGAUUAAGUGUUAUAUUAAGACGUGAUUUUGAUAAAGAGUUUGAUUACAAUGUUACAAAGCAAGAGAUCCACCAGGUAUUUAAAUCUAUUCGUUAG